AUGUCCAAUUUCUCAUUGUCGGCUUGGAUCAUGCUCCAACGGGAUAUCUUUCAUAACGUUCGUCUACGGAGGGUGUGCCGCCCGGAGGAUGCAUUUACUGUUAAGGCUCUUGGUAGCAUUGCAUUUGUUGAACCACUUUCUGAUAUUUCAAAUCGCAAUUUGUACCUCCAACCGAGGCGAAAGAUGCUGAAAGGUUCAAUAAUGCAUGGAUACGAAGAAGAAUAA